GCUGAAGAGUGGGGUAGUUUUUUUUUUUUUUCCUCGAACCCAUAACCUAGGAGAAAAGAGCCUGGGACCCUGCCAGGAACAGCCCCAAACAAGCCGAAAGAAGGCAGGAGAGCACCGACGACAGGAGGGGCUUCGCGGUUGCUUCCACCACGCCAGCCGCGGCCCCACCUGCGAGGGGGCGGGACCUUGCGGCGAUAGACCAAUCAGCACCUAUGUGCGCUCACCUGGCUCGCUCCCGCUGGCUCCCGUGAGCUGCGGCGCUCAAAGGGGUGCAGAGAGCUUCCCGAAGCCCCAGUCCGCUAUCCCGGCAGCUUUUCCACCCUUCCCUCUGCAGCCAUGGGGCUUCCUAGCAGGCCUCUCGUGUGCCUCCUCCUCCAGGCGCAGGUUUCCUGGCUGACUUGCGUGGCCUCCGAGCCGUGCCGGGCGGGCUUCGGGGAGGCUGAAGUGACCUUGGAAGCGGGAGGCGCGGAGCUGGAACCCAGCCAGUCGCCAGAGAAAGUGGUUUUUAUGGACUGCCCUGGACAAGUGUUGGCCUUGCUUAGCACUGAUGAUGACUUCACUGUACCCCCUGACAGAACAGUCCAGGAAAGGAAAGCAUUGAAGAUAUUCCCACCCAAACGCAUCUUGCGAAGACGCAAGCGAGAAUGGGUGGUCCCUCCAAUAUCUGUCUCUGAGAAUGGCAAGGGUCCCUUUCCCCAGAAGCUGAAUCAGCUCAAAUCUAAUAAAGAUAGAGGCACCAAGAUUAUCUACAGCAUCACAGGGCCUGGGGCAGAUAGCCCUCCUGAGGGUGUCUUCACUAUAGAGAAGGAAACAGGCUGGCUGUUGUUAAAUAAGCCAUUGGACCGCGAGAAGAUUGCCAAGUAUGAGCUCUUUGGCCAUGCUGUAUCAGAGAAUGGUGCCUCAGUGGAAGAGCCCAUGAAUAUCUCCAUCAUUGUAACAGACCAGAAUGACCACAAGCCCAAGUUCACCCAGGAUGUCUUCAGAGGGAGUGUCUUGGAGGGGGUACUACCUGGCACUUCUGUGAUGCAGGUGACAGCCACAGAUGAGGAUGAUGCCAUCAACACCUACAAUGGGGUGGUUGCUUACUCCAUCCAUAGCCAAGAGCCAAAGGACCCACACGACCUCAUGUUCACCGUCCACCGGAGCACGGGCACCAUCAGCGUCAUCUCCAGUGGCCUGGACCGGGAGAGAGUCCCUGAGUACACACUGACCAUCCAGGCCACGGACAUGGAUGGGGAUGGCUCCACCACCACGGCAGUGGCCACAGUGGAAAUCCUCGAUGCCAAUGACAAUGCUCCUGUGUUUGAUCCCCAGAAGUAUGAGGCCCAUGUGCUGGAGAACACGGUGGGCCAUGAGGUGCAGAGGCUGACAGUGACCGAUCUGGAUGCCCCCAACACUCCGGCAUGGCACGCUACCUACCGCAUCUUGGAAGGUGACGACGGGGACCAUUUUACCAUUACUACCUACCCUGACAGCAAUCAGGGUAUCCUGACUACCAGGAAGGGCUUGGAUUUUGAGGCCAAAAACCAGCACACACUGUACAUUGAAGUGACCAAUGAGGCUCCUUUUGUGGUGAAGCUCCCAACCUCCACGGCCACCAUAGUGGUCCAUGUGGAGGAUGUGAAUGAGGCUCCUGUGUUCGUCCCACCUUCCAAAGUCGUUGAGGUCCAGGAGGGCAUUGCCAUUGGGGCGCCCAUCUGUACCUACACUGCACAGGACCCUGACAAGGGGAAUCAGAAGAUCAGCUACCACAUCCUGAGAGACCCAGCAGGGUGGCUAGCAAUGGACCCAGACAGUGGGCAGGUCACUGCUGCAGGGGUGUUGGACCGCGAGGAUGAGCAGUUCGUGAGGAACAACAUCUACGAAGUCAUGGUCUUGGCUGCGGAUGAUGGGAGCCCUCCCACCACUGGCACGGGAACCCUCCAGCUAACACUUAUGGAUGUCAACGACCAUGGCCCAGUCCCCGAGCCCCGACAGGUCACCAUCUGCAACCAAAGUCCUGUGCCCCAAGUGCUGAACAUCACGGACAAGGACUUGUACCCCAACACCUCCCCUUUCCAGGCCCAGCUCACACAUGACUCAGACAUCUACUGGACGGCCGAGGUCAAUGAGAAAGGAGACACAGUAGCCUUGUCACUGAAGAAGUUCCUGAAGCAAGACACGUAUGAUGUGCACCUUUCUCUGUCCGACCACGGCGACAAGGAACAGCUGACAGUGAUCAGAGCCACCGUGUGUGACUGCCACGGCCACGUGGAGACCUGCCCUGAACCCUGGAAAGGAGGUUUCCUCCUGCCUGUCCUGGGGGCUGUCCUGGCUCUGCUGUUUCUCCUGCUGGUGCUCCUCUUGUUGUUGAGAAAGAAACGCAAGGUGAAGGAGCCCCUUCUGCUCCCAGAAGACGACACCCGUGACAACGUGUUCUACUACGGUGAAGAGGGGGGUGGCGAGGAGGACCAGGACUAUGACAUCACUCAGCUGCAUCGGGGUCUGGAGGCCCGGCCGGAGGUGGUUUUCCGCAAUGAUGUAGCACCAACCUUCAUCCCCACUCCAGUGUACCGUCCCCGUCCAGCCAACCCAGAUGAAAUUGGCAACUUCAUCAUUGAGAACCUGAAGGCAGCCAACACGGACCCCACAGCCCCACCCUACGACUCCCUGUUGGUUUUCGACUAUGAAGGCAGCGGCUCCGAUGCUGCCUCCCUGAGCUCCCUCACCUCUUCGGCCUCCGAUCAGGACCAAGACUAUGACUAUCUGAGCGAGUGGGGCAGCCGCUUCAAGAAGCUGGCGGACAUGUACGGUGGUGGCCAGGACGACUAGGCCACCCUGCCAGCGGGUCCAGGGACUAAACAUCAGGCUGUGGCCGCAUCUCCAGCCUCAGCCAAGGAUUCGGGAGCUUGUUGAGAAGUGGCCUUAGUAACUUGGAGGAGAGAGGCCUCAAGUCUGACAUUAAGGGGUUGGUUUCUAAGCCUUUGAGUGGAGAGACAUGGGCAGUUGGAUUUCAACACUGAAAACCUCUCAGCCUAGGCCAGGGUGGCCUCAGAGGCUGAAUUUCUGGGAGUCAUUAACCUGCUGAAAGACACCCAGCCCUGUGUCCUGAGCCUGGACUGACCGACCCACCCUCCUGCCCCCAGAAUGGCAUGCUCUCUGGAAUGGACCCUUCUCUGUAGAAAGAGACCUUUUACAUUGCAACCUGGAUUUUUUUUAAAUGCUGUUUUGAAAAGAGGCGGGUCCUCAACAGUCCCCUGGAGCCCUCAGAGGCCCAGGCCAGAGCUGCACGGUUCCUGUGCCCUCAUGCAUUGCUCUCUGAUCUCCAGGCCCCAGGACCUCCUAUUUGAAUGGAUUACUGCGUUUUUAUACUGAGCGCGACUAGGUUGCCCUUUAUUUUUUAUUUUCCCUAUUGAGUGCUGUAGAUGAGGAGUGACGACAAUCAUGUAAAUGUACUAGAACUUUUAUAUUAAAGGAACUUUUCCCAUA